AUGGAUAGUACUGUGGGAGAGCGCUCAACCUCAUGUAAAUCUCCCCCAACGUCCCUCAGUUCUGUGGAAGACGUCGCUGAAGAGGUUGGCUCUUUCCAUGAGUCAACGGAAGAAAAACAGAAUUCCUCUAAACGCAAGUCUCCAAUGGAUGUAGCAUCUCAGGGAAAACGUUACGCUAGGAGCCCAAGUUUUUCAAUGGAUUCGGAUGAUGAAUCGUCCACCUAUGCUGCCGUCGAAGACGCACAUGUAAUCCGCCCAUGGGUAGACCAGUUCCAGGCGAUGUCCCGUCGUUGUCAGCGCAAUGCUCUCCUUCAACUAAUUAGUACCUGUGGUCUACAACAUGUAAGACAUGUACGCCAGCUUAUCGAGCCACAUUUUCAGAAGGAUUUCCUAUCGUGCUUACCAGUGGAGUUAGCAGUACAAAUAGUUGCGAAUCUGCCGAUGGCCGACAUUGUGCGUGCCGCUCAAGUUUCGCGUUUCUGGCGUGACAUAUGUGAAGACGAUCGUAUGUGGAGACUGAAAUGUGAGCGAGAAGGACUUGAGCCGCUUCCUGUGCCAAGUAGACGUGCUGCUGGUGCAUGGGAACAAACUGCCAUGGGCAACGGUGUCACAAUUGUGGACCAUUAUAAAGGAGCCGAAUUAGAACAGCAUAGAAAAGCCAGAGAGCAAAGCUAUGGAAGUGUUUAUUCACGAUCAGUAUGGAAAGCCACAUAUCUGAGGCGAUGCAGAAUAGCAGCUAAUUGGAGACGUCUACCUAUUGGGGGUAGCAUGGUUCUGCGAGGACACGAGGAACAUGUUAUCACGUGCCUGCAGAUACAAGGUGACAUGCUGGUUACCGGGUCGGAUGAUAAUACGCUGAGGGUGUGGAGUAUCGAACAAGGGAAGCUACUUUUUACACUCGUGGGACAUUCUGGAGGAGUAUGGACGUCGCAACUAUCCACAGAUGGCAAAUAUAUCAUUAGUGGUUCAACUGAUCGAACUGUAAAGGUGUGGUCCGCAAAAGAUGGUUCACUGAUUCACACUCUUCAUGGUCAUACGAGUACUGUACGCUGCAUGAGUCUUUGCCAAAACAUAUUGGUUUCUGGUUCACGUGACACGACCGUUAGAGCGUGGAAUAUUGAAACUGGUAUGUGCGAGCAGUAUCUAACAGGUCACGUAGCUGCAGUGCGUUGUGUGCAAUUGGAUCUUGAAGGAGGGCGAGUCAUUUCUGGAGCAUACGAUUUCACGAUUAAGGUAUGGGAUUAUGAAACAGGUUCUUGUACGUACACAUUGACUGGACAUACAAAUCGCGUCUAUUCUUUAUUACUUGACGCUGCACGUAGUAUUGUUGUUAGCGGUAGUCUAGACACGACAAUAAGAGUAUGGGACAUUGCCAAGGGCACGUGUAUAUGUGUCCUCUCCGGACACCAUUCGCUUACAUCGGGUAUGCAGCUCAGAGGUGAUGUGUUGGUAUCUUGCAAUGCCGAUAGUGAUGUUAGGGUGUGGAACAUCCGCGAUGGCUCUUGCAUGUACCGUCUGCAUGGUCCAAAUGGUCACACAUCAGCCAUCACUUCGCUCCAAUUUCUCGACAAUGGUGUUGUGGUAACAAGCGGAGAUGACGGAGCAGUGAAACUGUGGGAUGUUAUGAAAGGUGAAUUCAUUCGUGAUCUUGUACGACUAUCUUCUGGAGGAAGCGGAGGUUGUAUAUGGCGUUUGAAAGCCACAAACAAUCUUCUAGCUUGUGCAGCAGGUUCUAGAAAUGGUACAGAAGACACCAAAGUCAUUCUUCUGGAUUUUGACGCCGGAUAUCCGUAA